UCCACCAUCUGAUUCUUCUCGAGAACAUGAAAACUAUCAUCGCUCUCUGCGCUCUUGUCGCUGCCGCCUCGGCCGGCUACCUCGGCGGAUACGGAGGUUACGGAGGUUACGGCCUGGGAGGGUACGGCCUCAGUGGUUACGGCUUGGGCGGAUACGGUCUAGGCUACGGAGUCGGCAGCUACGGUCUUGGUUACAAGUCCCUCGGCUACGGAUUGGGCGGUUACGGUGGCUACGGACUCGGAUACGGAGUCGGAUAUAAGGGUCUCGGGUACGGACUCGGAGGCUACGGGCUCGGAUACGGUCUUGGCCAUGGCUACGGACUCGGAUACGGCUACGGCGGAUACGGCUAUGGUCUUCCCGUCGUCAAGUCCCUAGCGGUGGCACCGAUCGCUAAGGUCGCUGUUCCCGUGGCUCCCGUGCUCAAAUCUUCAGCUCUUAUUACUGGCUACGGACUCGGAGCUUCUAUGUACGGUUACGGUUACGCGCCGUUGGCAUACGGGCACGGAUACGGACUCCUCCACAAGAAGGCCAAGUAGAUCCGUCAAUUCAUGUAAACUCAUGUGAAUCUUGCAAGCCGUGGAUAAGAAUAAACGAUACUGUAAAUUCGAUCUGCUUCGUACGAAGUAGCGGGUCGUGUA